AUGGAUUCGUUUUCAAGACUCCUUACUGUAGCACUUUUUUUGUUUUCGUGCUUCGUUGGCUUUACAGUAGCUAAAGAAGGUCUCCUUGUUUUCCAGGAGGGUGUGAGUGAUUGCCAGCUAGCGAAUCAUGACAUUGGUCCUCAAAUUUGGAUAUCCAAAGGGGAUUCUCCAUCCGUACUUCGAGCGGCUCGAGAUCUUGCGCUCGACUUUGGACGAGUUGUUGGUGUCAACGGGACGAUAGUGACUGUGGAUGGUCUCUCGAAAGAAAAAAUCAAUGAAAGCUUGCCAGCCAUCAUUGCUGGAACAAUCGGACACUCCACCUUAAUUGACGACCUGGUUCUCGAUAAGAAACUUGAUAUCACCGAUGUCAAAGGCAAAUGGGAAGCAUACACUAUGGCCCUCGUACGAGACGUAGCUGCAAACGUACCCUGGGGUCUUGUCAUAGCUGGAAGUGACAGACGAGGGACUAUCUACGGUCUAUAUGAGGUAUCCGAGAAGAUCGGCGUGUCUCCUUGGUACUGGUGGGCAGAUGUGCCCCCAAAGACGAAGAAAGGUAUCUGGGUACUCGAUGGUCAGGCAGUACAGGAUUCGCCUUCCAUCAAGUACAGAGGAUUUUUCAUCAACGAUGAGGCACCAGCACUAACUGGCUGGGCUACGAAAAAGUUCGGACUCACCUCAACUGGUAGGCCCUUCAGCAGCGAGUUCUACAAGCUAGUUUUUGAGCUUUGUCUUCGCUUACGUGCGAACUAUAUCUGGCCGGCCAUGUGGGGUAGUGCUUUCUACACGGACGACACCAAAAAUGGCCCCCUGGCUGAAGAGUAUGGCGUUGUUGUUGGAACGAGUCAUCAUGAACCUAUGGCCCGUGCAGAAAGAGAGCAAAAAGAGGAAAUCGACGGUGGUUGGGACUGGGGCAGCAACGAACAGGAGAUCACAGAUUUCUUUAGGGGCGGCGUGCGGCGCGCAGCCGACUGGGAGACCAUGUACACAAUGGGCAUGAGGGGUGAAGGUGACGCCGCAUCGCCAACUCUGACAGCUGAAGAUCUCGAAGAAAUAAUUCAGACACAACAGUCCCUUCUGAGAGAGGAACUGAACGCUACUGAACUGAAAAACGUGCCACAGACGUGGGUCCUGUACAAAGAAGUUGGACGUUACUAUCAGGCUGGUAUGAAAGUACCUGAUACGGUCACGCUGCUUUGGACAGACGACAAUUCUGGCAACCUGUUACGGACUCCAUUGGCCAAUGAGACAGACAGGCUGGCUGGCGCGGGGGUCUAUUAUCACUUUGACUAUGUCGGUUCUCCUCGGAACUACAAAUGGAUCAACACAAUUCAGCUCGUCAAAACCUGGGAACAAAUGCAUCUGGCCUAUGAGAAGGGCGCCCGGGAAAUUUGGAUCGCAAAUGUCGGCGAUAUCAAGCCUCUUGAAAUUCCCAUGACACACUUCUUAGACAUGGCUUACGACAUGUCAAAGCAUGCCACGCCAGAAAGUACCACGCAGUGGAUUCGUCGCUGGGCUGCAGCCGAAUUCGAAGAAAGAAUUGCAGACAGAACCGUCCAGAUACUCAGUAUCUACGGAAAAUUGCUUAUCCGCCGAAAAUACGAACUGCUAAGCCGCAAGCCGUUCGCAUAUAGUCUCGCCAACUACGACGAAGCUGAACGCGUUUUGAAAGAAUGGUCUGACCUUUUAGAAAUGACUCAAAACACCUAUAAUUCUCUUCCUCAAGCUACUCGUACCCCGUUUUUCGAAAUGGUAUUGCAUCCCAUUCUGGCUGGCAAGACGGUCGUAGAGCUUUAUAUAAAGUCAGAAUUGAAUGCAUGGCGCUUCAAACAACGAAGAACAAGCGCCAACACACUUGCAAACGAUGUAAUUACACUUUUUGCACAAGAUUCGCAGAUUACCGACAGAUAUCACAAGCUCAACGGAGGCAAAUGGGAUGGUAUGAUGACUCAGCCACAUAUUGGAUACACAAGCUGGAACGACCCAGUCAGCAACACUGUUCCAGAAGUACGAUACCAUGACCAGCUCAACGUUCCGAGGUCAGGUAUUAUGGGUGUCUCAGUGCAAGGCAGCAACCAGACAUCACCGGGUGACCCAGAACCUGUUCUCCUCCCUAUCGACCCUUUCAUGCCAGCGUCGUAUCAGCGAUACCUAGAUAUUUACACGCGCAACAAUGGUUCGUUUGUCUAUAAGAUCACAAGCAACGCAUCAUACGUUUCCGUUGCCAACUCAACCGGCACACUUAGCACAACCAACGGAGUGUCGGAUGCGCGCAUUUCCAUCUCCGUAGACUGGGAAACUGCUCCGGAGGGUAAGAGUUGGGCUGGCCUGCGGGUUGAGGCUCAAAAUGCUUCAGGCAGUUGGCCUAUCACCGUGACGGUGCCUGUUCAGAAAGCUUCCGUCCCAUCCACCUUUACUGGAUUCGUGGAGUCGGACGGCGUGGUGUCCAUUGAAGCUGAGCACUACAGCACCGUCGAGGAGAAGAACGGUGUGUCGUACGUAACAAUCCCACACUAUGGUCGUACCUUGUCUGGUGUGAAGCUAUGGCCCGUAACUGUGGACUCUCAGUUGCCCGGUACAACGGCUCCGAUGAUCACGUAUGAUUUCUAUACCUUCACUUCCAAUCCAUCGGCAAGCCUUAUAAUUUUCCUUGGGGCCACUUUGAAUCACGAUCCCAGCAGACCAUUGCGCUACGCAUUUUCUGUUGACGGAGCCAAUAUUAUAACUGUUCAGCCAGUGCCAACAACACCCAUGGGUUCCGAACCCAGUGGCUGGACGCAAGCUGUCAUGGCAGGAGGAUGGAACUCAAGAACAGCCAUAAAUCUCCAACCAGGUGAGCACAUUUUGCGCCUUUGGCUUCUCGAACCUGGCGUCGUCAUUCAGAAAUUAGUGGUUGAUCUGGGAGGCUUCAAGGAAAGUUCGCUAGGCCCUCCUGAAAGCGUUCGCGUUUAG